AUGGUUCGGCUGCCCAACACGGCAACGUUCGGGGAGCUUCUCGCAUGCGCUCGAGAAAAACGACAGGGGGUCCUUGAGCUUGAAGGCCCUGUGUACGGGCGCGAUGGUGAACUAGACACCACAUUGCGGGAUGGUUGGGUACGCAAUAGCUGCAAGGUUGAUGGAACGCUGCACAUAGGCCUUGCGGUCGUCGUUUCGUUUCCUCGCGGAAGCCAGAGGCCGCUGUCUCUCACCAUGGGGCCAGGCGCCACGAUUGGCGACGUGAAACAGAGGAUAUGUGUCGAACACGGCAUUAUCCCAAGCCGCCAAGGCUUGACGAUCUGCGGAGGGGCGCAGCGACUAGGAGCUAACGUUACCCUCAAGGAAUGCUGCGUAUCGGGGGUUCCAGUGGGAGGGUUUUCAUCGAAGGACUGGGGCGAGCUACGUCUUGAGCUACACGUUGCAAUGAAAAUUUCGAGCCAAGGCUGGUCCGCCAGCGAGUUCAGAUGCGCCGUUGGCGUCGGUCUUCCAUCCCGAGGCACCGAUGUACUACGGUCCCCCUCGCAGCCCUCUCACCUCACACCAUCACCACCGGCAGCGGCCACCUACGUCCCACAAAACAACGAACAUAGCUCCUUGACGACAGCGUCAUCUUUGCUCCGCAGCGGCGCUAGCACGGUCGAGAUUCGACCCGCCAUCGAGCACGAAAGCGGUCCUUACUCAACCGUCAUGUUUGCUCUAAGCCCGUCCGGCCGGGCGCUGACGCUGACCAUGGCGCCGACCGCCACGGUCCUAGACGCCAAGACACAAGUGGCCGCCUUCGAAGGGGUGCCCCCCUGCCGGCAACGCCUCCUGUGGAGGGGGAUCCUCAUGGAGCCCGACGGCGUACUGCUGAAAAGGCUUGGAGCGCGGAGCGGCGACACGCUGAUCGUGGGCUACCGCGUUGGCCCUUGCGCGCCACCCGAGGUGAUGAGGCCGGUGGUCGAACUGGAAGGGAAUGCCGCAGGUGACGACGACGCCCUAACCGCGGACGCGGCGAUAAGCCCUACACAUUCCGCGUCCCACCACCGACCGUGUGGAGCUCAACGGGGGACCGUGGACAGUAGCGGUAGCAGCAACAUCGACGGGGAUAUUCCAGAACAGGGGACCUCGGGCGUCGAAUCUGCAGCGACGGUCGCGGACGGAGACCAAAACAACGACGUCGUAGCCCCGGAAGGAGGUGGCGGCGACGGUGGUGGUGGUGGCAGCGGCAUGGGCGUUGACGAGCCUGCGGGCGCCUGGGUCAACGUUGUCAGAAAUGGCGGGGUCGACGUUGUCGACGGGGCUCAAAGAGGCAGCGGAAGCGGAGAAACAGAACAUGACGGCAACGCAAGCGGCGCGACAUCUUCUCCCCGAUCUGAAGCUCGGCCGGGAAGCGAAAAAUCGGGAGGGCGGCGAGCGUGGUGGGCAAAGAGGAUGGCCACGCGGAGCUUGAAGGGAAGCCGGAGCUCCGACGAGCACGGCUGGGGUGCCACCGGCGCCGCUGCAGCUCUGCGUGGAGCGGUGGGUGCAUCGUCGUUGUCGGCAUCCAGCCCUUCCGCCAACUCUACCAACAACAGUGCGGACACGCGCCGUGUUCGUGUUUCCCCCGCACCGGCGGUACCCGUUCGCCAGAACGCCACCCACGGUGUCGGCAGGGCCGGGGGCCGCAUCCUCCAAGGUAUUGGGGCGGGGGAUGCCAGUUCGAUGUAUGAUUCUCCUCCUGCGAGCGCAGCGGCCAGGAGGCAGCAGCGACGCAUACCGUCGGUCGGGAGACCGAAGUUGAAAGUCUGGGCGCGUUGGAAAUAUGGUCGCCGUGUGCCUACACCCCCCGUUCCGCCUGCCGGUGAUGGUGGUGGAAGGGGGUGA